AUGGCCCAGAGGUCUAUCCAUCUCAUUCUGCCCCGCGGCCGCCCCUGGUUGAACCCGCACAUAAAGUCGUAUAUCCAGAAACAUGUGCCCAACAUCGUCUUUGUCGACUCCUUCGAGGAGCUGCCCAAGAACCCGAAGAAAGUGUUUCAGUUCUGCGACGGGUGGGAGCUCACACGCAACUUUUCGGUGGGGAACAAUGCGGACAUGAGCCUCAUCAACGCGUACCCCAACAGCGACGCCCUGGCCCGCAAGGAUCUGCUGGCGAGCGUGGCCGAGUACUGGGCCGCCAAGAGGCCCAGCAGCAAGCUGGGCGACCACGUGCCGCUGACCGUGCGCCUGAGGCUCGACUACGCCGAUACCGUGGACGAACUUGCUGACCACCUCGAGCUGGCCGAGUACGAGUACGACGAUGACGAAGAUGAGGAAGAGGAAGAGGUAGAAGUGGAAGCGGGUGCCGGUGCUCAGUCAGGUUCAGUCGGAGGAGACAUGGUGAAGGCCGAAAAGGUCGAGGAGGGCGACGGGGACAACGGACCGUACAUGACGGCGCUGCAAGCGGAUCAACUAAACCUCGACUUCCUCGUCACCGCCACGGGCAACCUCACCGUGCACCAAGCGCCCGCGGAGACCUGCCGCCCCAAGCGCCCCGAGUACGUCUUCAAAGAGAACGGCCGCAUCCCGUCGGCGCAAAUGCGCGCCUUCGUCGCCCAGCGCUACAUCGCCGCCGUGCCCACCAUCGACGGACGCAAGUGGCACGCCCGCGCCUACGUGCUCUGCGUCGGCCGCCUCAAGAACCCUAGUCUCAAGGCCUCCCUCACCAACACGGGGCUCCAGGAGGAGGAGGACUUUAUCCGCAAGGAGUCCAUGCGCGACUAUUGGAAGGUCGAGGCCGAUGGGGGCAGCUUGGCUCCCGGGUGGAAGGAGCGCGCGUUUGAGCAGAUGCGCUCCGUCGCGGCCGAGGUCGUCUGCGCUGCCGCUUACACCAUGGCCGACAAGUUCACGGCGCUGAACUCGAGCUUCGAGCUCUUCGCCGCUGAUUUCCUCCUUGACGACGCCGGCAACGCUUGGCUGCUCGAGAUCAACGAGACCCCGGCCUUUACGAGCACGCAUAUGGGUGUCCCCGUGGCUCAGGACGAGGAGAACCGUGCGGUCAAGGACCGGUUCGUGCUCGCUGUGGACGAGACGGACCGCAUUGCCAAGAGCAACAUUACCCAGAUCGUGUCGGAGGAUGAUGCUGCGAUAUCGUUGCGUUGA